UGGAUGGACAGUUCAGAUAUGUCUCAGCAGGUGAUCCAGGGCCAGCCGGAGAGCAUGGUUCAGGAGGCAGGUCAAUGGAGUACUGGCCUGUGUGAGUGCUAUAAAGACGUCGGUGACUGCUGCUUUGCCCUGUGCUGCCUCCCAGUGUUUACCUGUAAGGUGACCAGAGCAGUGGGUGCGUGUCCCUGCCUGCCUCUGCUGGACUGUAUCGGCUGUGUACCACCUGCCUCUCUUGCAAUGAGGGCGUCUGUCAGGCAACGAUAUGGCAUCCAGGGGAGUGUGUGGAGCGACUGCCUGUUCGGGUGCUGCUGCUAUCCUCUAUCUUGGCUCCAGAUCUCCAGGGAGCUGAAGAGAAGAGCAGCAUCCCACGCCUCCUCCUCCUCCUCCUCCUCCUCCUCCUCCUCCUCAGCCAGAUACACUGCUCUGACCUCCCUGCAGGAGGCGCACUUGGUCUAGACACGCGCAGCACUCCGCAGCUCUUGGCCGCCUGCCCUCCAGAGUACACGACUUGAUUUAAUCACACUUCCUCUGGUCUGCAGCCGCUCCCUCUUACCUCAGAGUGUUCAGCGGGGACACAAUGUGUCCAACAGGGAGGGGAGUUCAGUUUGACCCGAGAUGAAGUGAAAGAAGUAUGAUAAAAGUCAUUUAAAUAAAAGAUCAGGCGAUUUUUCAUCUGAUUUUGAGUAUGAAAUUAGCAUAUUAUAUUCUUUAUAUUCUGUAUAUUUACCAAAGUACAAUUCUGAAGUGUAUCUACUG